AUUUUGAUUUUUUCAUGAAUAACAGUUGUCAUGAAAUUAUAGCGCGGGUGUGUGAAAAUGAUCAGAUUAUCAAGCAAAUUAUGUUAACAUACGCAUUUCGUCCCAAAUAGGGAUUGUUUUAAUAAAGUAGUAUUAAAACAAAUACUACCAAUAUUUAAAGUUAAUAAUUUUAGGUUGAAAUGCUGAUUAUGUCUCAACUGGCAACAUGUUGUGUUUGUUGUUACAGCUGAUUCAGUGCAUUUCGUAUUUAAAAUUUUUUUCUGAGGCAACGUGCUUGUGUUUUGGUCACAGAUUAUUUUCGUUUAUAAGUGUCAGUUAGUGAACGCUGUAGUUAUUAUGUGAUCUUUUUUUAGUGGAAACAAUGUGUAUAGUGAAAACGUGUGAAAAUAAUAAAAAGUUCAAACCCGAAGGUAUUUCCAUUCGUCAAUCCCACCAAAUUUGAAUUAACAUCCACUAAUGCCUAAUUACCGUUUCGAAAUGAACUACAACCAACUUUAACCGAAUGAUGUAGUAUUUGAAUUUGGUUUAACGAUAUGCAAAGACCACUUUCUAGAGCCGCCGAAGCUUCCUCCGACGAGGAAGUGAACGUUCUCGGAUCGUUAGAAGCGACUUUGUCUUGUUUGUGGAUUUUCACGCCUUUAUCGGCGACGUUUUCAUUAAUUUUCAUAACAGUAGGCAUAAGUACUAAUCAAUGGUUACAUACGUCAGAAAAAAUGCCUAAUCCUGCUUAUAACGGAACAGGAGAAAAGGAUUAUCUACCGAAAUUGACCGUAUCAGGGUUAUGGACUUUUUGUUUUACGAAUCCUGGCGAAACUUUAUAUCAAUGUAGCAUGAUUGAAUAUUUUUCCGAGGAAGUUUACAGUCCAGAUCCCAACGAUUCAUCUUUAGCAAUACCUUACACCGUUACGAAAUCCAUCUUGUUCAUACUUCUGGGCAGCGUAUUCGUUUUGGUCGGUUACGUUUUUUGUUUGUUGGGACAAUUUUUAUGUAACCGUUCAAGAUUUUCGUUAAUAGCUGGUGUCAUCUUCAUACAAACAGGUCUAGCUAUGCUUUGUGGUUUAAUAAUGUACAUAGCAGUAUUCAAAACCGAAGUAGGCAGUAAAUUACGUCCACAAUCUCAACUCCAACCAGCGUCUUUCGAUUACCGUUACGGCUAUUCCUUCAUUAUAUACGUUACGGGGGUAGUUUGUACUAAAAUCACCGGGGUAAUGGCAGUGUUGUUGUUCAUCAAUCGCAGCCAAUACGAAUGGAAAAAAAAGAGACUGAUAGAAGAACCAAUAAUAGACAACUAUAAUGAGAGAAGAAUUAUACGUCAUAUGUUGCAUCCUUGUAAAUUACAUCCCGAAGCGUACGUAAAUUCUAACAGUGCUAUAGUGUACUCCCCGUAUAUACAACGUGAAUUACCCUAUUCGAAUACUAUCCCUUGUAGUCUUCACCCUAGGAGAUCGCAGUCUAAUUCUCUUAAAGACGUUUCGUACUUUCCGGAUAUGUUCGCUCCCUCGACUAUAUCGUACAAUUUCCCGCGUCAUUUAAGUACGGACCAUAUAAAUAAUUUGAGCGGUUUUCCGCGAGAUGCCACCACUAUUACCGUUAGUACUACGGCGGAUAUCGAUUACGCUACCGAUGAAUAUUCGCCGACGAUGCACGAACACGAAUUCGCGCGAUUCGAUCUCGAGCGUUCGAUGAAUAUCCGGGCGCCUAGUGUAUCGAGCUUAAAAAGUCAAAAUUAUCAAACGGAUACUUUGAGAAGAACUACUCCCGUUUAAUUGAAUUUGUUGUUACGUAAAUGGACAUAGUGGUGCCAAGAACUGUUAUUAUAUUUGUUCGUAUGAUAUUUAUAUAGAAAUUUCAACCUUGAAUUCGUUGUCAAUAAAAAUUUACUGUAU